AUGAGCAAUGAGCAGCAGCAGCCCUGCGACGGCAGCGGCAGCAAGCCGUGGACCGAAACGCCGUGCCGCCGAGUCCCGUGGCUGUGGCCGUGGGCUUCUGGCAGGAAGUCAGGCUACUCCCACGAGAUCAAGUUCUUUUGCCAUUCCAUCGUGUUCUGGGAGGAGUUCAAGGACUUCUUCACUGAGCGGUGCGCCGCCGCCGGCAGCCGCUCCGGUCGCGGCUGA